AUGCCAUCGUCAGAGCAACAUCCUCCGCGACCCCGCCAACAGCCGCAGGAACCCGCCGACACCGAUAUGCCCGACCAACCGCCGCCACAACCACAACCUUCCACGGCAACAACAUCAGCAGCAUCCGCGGAGCAUGAGCAACAACAGCGUUCCCUUCAAACAGAAAGCCGGGAGGGGCAAGGGCAAGGAGUUGGAGAAGGAGCAGCAGGCCGAGGGAAGCAGCAGCAGCAACCACCACCACCACAACCACAACAACAACAACAACAAACAUCACCGGCACAACCAGCGCCGCCGCCGCCGCCGCCGCCGCCGCCAGUUCCCGGGCCCCGCGCAGCCAGGCUCCAGGCCCUCUUUGCGACCACGGCAAAGCACACAUUGGACAAGAUCAACAAGGACAACUUUGGCGCCUGCUUCCCCACCAUUUCCCAAAAGGCGCCGGGGACGCUCGAGUUUGUGCAGCGGCAAAUGGUGGAGAGGCUGGGGAGUCUGUGGAAUGUCACGAAGGGGGAACGGGACGGGACUGUUACUACUACCACAGGGGAGGAGGGCGGCACCGCGUUGCUUACUGACGACGAGAACCCACACCCCCCUUCCCCGGUGGUCGUCGCCGGCCUCGGUCCACGUCCGAUCGAUCGAUGCACAACAGCCAAAGCUAACAAGAAGGGGUGGGAACACCCCGCGCAGAAAGAAUUCGAGACCAUCAUGGCCAACCGGCAGGUGGUGGAACGGCUGAACGAGCUCGAAGCCCUAGUCAGCGACGCUGCCCGGCGAAGGAUGGAAGCAGAUGACCCCAACAAGCCGCCCGUUGCACCACAUACCCUUCCGGCCGAGACGAUCCUCUCGGCCCACCUGCACCCGCACCUGGCCUCUCACCGGUCCCAGCUCAACGCCCGGCUUCAGAACACGCAGGCGGCCAACGCGCGGCUGUGGGACGAGAUCCAGGCCCAGCGGGCCGAGAUGGAGGCGCUGGUGGCGGGCGUCGAGGAGGCCCUGCGCGACCUGGACGGCGCCAACGAUCUGCUGGGCGACCUCGUCGACGAGCUGGCGGCCGAGACGCGCGCCGCCGAGGCCGACAUCAGGGCCGUGAGGGGCCCCGGCUAG